CUCGUGCGCAGAGUUUUGUGUGCAAAGUGCUCUGGGCACGAGCUUCCCAUCAUCCUCUCUUGUUUUGGCGGUGCGGAAAAAAAAGAAAGAUCUCAUCCAGCGAAAUAUGAACCUAGAAUUACUCGAAUCGUUCGGACAGAACUACCCAGAGGAGGCAGAUGGGACCCUGGACAGCAUCAGUCUGGCCAUCACCUGUGCCUUCAACAGGCGGGGCACGCUGCUGGCCGUGGGGUGUAACGACGGGAGGAUCGUGAUCUGGGACUUCCUCACCAGAGGCAUCGCCAAAAUCGUCAACGCUCACGUGCAUCCAGUCUGCUCUGUCAGCUGGAGCAGAGAUGGGUACAAGUUACUGAGUGCCUCCACAGACAACAAUGUGACCAUCUGGGACGUCCUGACUAGUGACUGUGAGCAGAGGUACCGCUUCCCUUCACCCAUACUCAAGGUGCAGUUCCACCCGCGAGACAAUUCUCGAUUCCUGGUGUGCCCUAUGAAGCAUGCUCCCGUGCUGGUCUGUAGAGAUGGCGGUCACUCUGUGGUUCCAGUAGAUGAUGAUUCUGACCUGAACAUAGUUGCAUCCUUUGACAGAAGAGGGGAGCAUGUUUAUACAGGGAACGCCAAAGGAAAGGUUACUGUGUUAAAGACCAAGGAGUUGGAGCUGGUCGCCUCAUUCAGAGUGACGACUGGAACAAGCAACACCACUGCCAUCAAGUCUAUAGAGUUUGCCAGGAGGGGAAACACAUUCCUGGUGAACACCGCGGACCGUAUUAUCCGAGUGUACGAGGGGGGAGAAGUACUGGCCUGUGGGAAGGACGGCGAGCCAGAACCCAUUCAGAAACUACAGGAUCUGGUCAACAGAACGCCGUGGAAGAAAUGCUGCUUUUCUGGAGAUGGGGAGUACAUUGUAGCAGGUUCUGCCAGGCAACACGCCCUGUACAUCUGGGAGAAACAGGUUGGAAACCUGGUGAAGAUCCUUCAUGGCACCAGGGGGGAGCUACUGUUGGAUGUGGUGUGGCACCCAGUGCGCCCUAUCAUUGCAUCAGUAUCCAGUGGUGUGGUGUCAGUGUGGGCACAGAACCAAGUAGAGAACUGGAGUGCCUUUGCUCCUGACUUUAAGGAGCUUGAUGAGAAUGUGGAGUAUGACGAACAUGAGAGCGAGUUUGACAUUGAGGAUGACGACAAGUCUGUAGAAGAGAAAGAAGGUCCAGAGGAGGAAGAUGAGGAGGUUGACGUGACGACAGUGGACGCCAUCGCAGCCUUCUGCUCCUCAGACGAGGAGGACGACAAGGACAACUCCCUCCUGUACCUCCCCAUCACUCCGGAGGUGGAUGAUCCCGAGGAGGUCGGCUGGGGGCCUCCCCAGGAGCAACCCCCUCAGGAAGAGGCAGUGGAGACCAAGAAACGCUCCCACUCCAGUCACCAGGACGGUGCCCCGUCUCCCAAGAAGAGGAAGGUGAAAACUUACGACAUCCACCUGCAGGAUGCACCUGCUGAUGAAAUCCACCCACUGUUGUGUGCCAAAGGUUCAGAAGGCAAGGCGAAGAAGAAAGCGGGCAGGCCCAAAACUCACAGCAAGGUGGGCUCGGGCAAGUCCAAGGGCACGCGGGGGGCAGCAGCGCUGGCAGACAUCACAUCGGGAAGGGUCAAGGACCUGCCGGACAGAACAAGCUCUGGCACGGAAGGUAAAUCUGAGGGAGCACUGACCACAGCUGACUCUAUGGACAGUCAGAGUGAAGGGAUGUUAGCGUCGGACACGGUAGUAACAGCACAAUGAGAAGCAACAGCAGUCAAACAAUUAAUCAGCAACGAGGACUGGAUAUACACACGCGUUUUUGGAGUCAACUCAGUGGGAGUCAACUCAGGAGUCAACUGUGUUUAAACACAGGGCCACAAAGUGACUUGGAGUUUUUUCUUCCAGAUAUCGAUCAGACACAGACUCUGUGCAGAAGUCCAGGGUUUACUAUCUCUCAGCUACCAAGGAUCAAUGCAACAGUUAUUUGACCAACAUGCCAACAUGUACAGAAUUUUUCCAGAUAAUGAUAAAAACAUAGUCGUUCUAAAACAUAGUAGUUCUAAAAUGACGUGAAAUGGUUUCUCAGAGUGGCGUACCGGUAUAAUACUUCUAAGCGUUGCACAACUCACCGGGAGUUGACCCGUGAAGUUACGUAUACACCCAUGAAAAAUGCGGUCUCUUGAGCUAAUACAAGUCGACCCUCUCGAGAGGAUACAUGAGUACCCUAAAAGUCUGUUUGCACUCAGUCCAAACUCCACUGUGCUGAGUCGACUCCAAAAUGUGUGUGUAAAUCCAGACUGUGGCUCAACAGCCACACAGCAACUUGCUUGUACAUAAAUAAUACAGACUAUUAGACAGAGGUUAGGUUUCUGUACAUGUUUUGUGUAUGUCCAUCAUUUCAAAAUUUAGAAGUAUGGUUUCCUUGUCGAAGAACCCUAUUGUACACACCCGGUCAAUUCAACAAAACGGUUCAUAAUGUCAGUGCAUUCCGAUUCAAUGUACAUUGUAUGUGGUCACUUUAUGAUAAUACAUUUCCAUGUACACCUAUCAACUUGUAAAUUGUUUGGUGGUAAAAUUCAUUUUUUAGUUUUGUCGAGGAACACUGUGAUAGAAGAAUUGUAUCUUGUUCCUGGUAAUACUACAGGUAGAUAUACUCUUAGUACUUGUACAUAGUACAUGUAUAAUGGCAUCAUUGUGUUGUAGAAACAGGCAGUUCAGAACUUCAGCAAGCUUAAUGUUGAAAACGUUUUACCAUAACAUCAGUUACAGAAGCAACAAAGAAAGAAAUUUACAUAUUGAAUUCCAUAGUAUUUGUGUUGUAAAUAAAGUAUUUUAUGACCUUUA